UUUCGUGAAUUUAUCACUAAAUGGAUCGUCUGUGACGACCAACCCUUUACAGUUGUAGAAAAUGAACAACUUCAAAAAAUAUUUCAAUUAUUAUUCCCUAAUAUUAAAACUAUAUCAGCAGAUACAGCCCGUAAUGAUAUUAUAGAUGCGUUUAAGGAAGAAAGAAAUAAAAUUCAAAAUAUUUUACAGAAUGCUCCAGGUUGUCUUACAUUUACACUUGAUGCGUGGACUUCUUCAAACUUCCUUCCAUUUCUCAGAAUUACAGUGCAUUGAAUUUCCCAAAACUGGGAAUUAAAAGAAAUUUUGAUCGAUUUUUGUAAAUUAUCUGGCCUGCAUUCUGGAGAAAAUCUAUUUCAAACUUUUAUCCAAUGUUGUGAUGAUAUGAGAAUUCUUACUAAAAUUAUAGCAUGUACAACAGACAAUGCUUCUAAUAAUGAUACUUUAAUGAAGUCACUAGAAUCGGUUUGUCAAGAGAGGAGUAUAGAUUUUACCACAAAAAACAAUUACGUUCGAUGUCUGGCUCAUAUCAUUAACCUUGCCGCACAAGCAGCUCUUUCUAGUUUAAAAGUUGGAUAUGUGGAAAAUGAAAACGUACUUUUAAAUGAUACUAAUGAAAUAACUGAAGUAAUUCCAAAGCUUCACAAACUUAUUAUUAAAAUUCACGCAUCCCCCAAAAAC